AUGCAUAUGACAAAGGUCACCGCCAUCCUUGCCUUCGCCGCAAGCCUUGCCGCCGCCGCUCCGGGUGCCAAGCUCGUUCCGGAGAAGCGCCAAACCACCGAGUUUGGCCCCUAUCCCGAAGACAGCUACCAGGGAAAGGAGAAUGGAAAGCGCCAGACCACAGAGUUCGGCCCUUACCCUGAAGAUAGCUACCAGGGCAAGGCGAGCCAGAGGCGCCAGACGACCGAGUUCGGUCCCUACCCCGAGGACAGUUACCAGGGAAAGGAGAACGGAAAGCGCCAGACUACAGAAUUUGGUCCUUACCCUGAAGAUAAGUACCAGGGCAAGGAGAACCAAAGACGCCAGACGACCGAAUUCGGCCCCUACCCUGAGGACAAGUACGAGGGCAAGACGAAACGCCAGACCACGGAGUUCGGUCCGUACCCAGAGGACAGCUACCAGGGCAAGGAGAACAGCAAGCGCCAGACCACUGAGUUUGGCCCGUACCCUGAAGAUAAGUACGAGGGCAAGGCCAGGCGUCAGACUACGGAGUUCGGCCCCUACCCUGAGGAUAGCUACCAAGGCAAGAGCUCGAAGCGUCAGACCACCGAGUUUGGGCCUUAUCCCGAGGACAAGUACGAGGGCAACAGCAUGAAGGAGAAGCGUCAAACCACAGAGUUCGGCCCAUACCCCGAAGACAAGUACGACAGCAACAAC